CCUAUAAUUACUGUCUCUGUUUUCGAUUGACCGACACGCAAAAUGUCGUUCAAAAAGAAAAAAUUCACACUUCCUCCCAUCAUCAAAGCCCUUGAUAAACUUCCAUCACCGCCACCACAACCACCGCUUCCUCCUCUUCCAAAACCACCACCAACAACCCAUUUAGCCCCUCUCCCCACUCUCACUCUCACACCUACCUCCAACCACACAAACCUCCUCCACUUCCUCAACUCCCAUCUCACAAAGAUCCAACCUUUAACCCCUCAAAACCUCCUCCACUUCUUCAAAACCAAACUCCACCACCACCCACAUUUCUCUCACUAUGACUUUCAUAUUUUCAACUGGGUUUCUACUAUAGACUCUUUUAGUCAUGAUCAUCAAACUUUUGAAUGGAUGGCAAGGACUCUUGCUAUCACAAACAGGUUAGAGGAACUUGCUUUGCUUCUUCAAUUUAUGUCAUCAAAUCCUUGUCCUUGUAGUGAAGGUAUAUUUUCUUGUCCAAGAAUUGAGCCCAUAUUUCAGUUUUGUAUUAAUGCUUACUGUAAAGCUAGGAAAUUGGAUGAUGCUUUUUUAGCUUUUGAAUGUAUGAGGAAGUUGAUUGAUGGAAGGCCUAGUGUUGUUGUUUACAACAUUUUGAUUAAUGGGUGCGUGAAGUGUGGAGAACAUGAUAGGGCUAUUGGGGUUUAUGAUAGGAUGUUGAAGGAUAGAGUUAAGCCUGAUGUGUUUACUUUUAAUAUAUUGAUCAGUAGUUAUUGUAGGAAUUACAUGUUCGAAUUGGCUCUGGAAUUGUUUAGAGAAAUGAAAGAGAAAGGAUGUAGUCCUAAUGUGGUUAGUUUUAAUACUUUGAUUAAAGGGUUUUUUAGGGAGAGGAAAUUUGAGGAAGGGGUUAAGAUGGUGUAUGAGAUGAUUGAUUUGGGGUGUGAGAUAUCGAGUGUGACUUUUGAGAUUUUGGUUGAUGGACUUUGCAAGGAAGGGCAGGCUUCGGAGGCAUGUGGAUUGUUGAUUGAUUUUACGAGGAAAGGAGUUUUGCCAAGGAAGUUUGAUUCUUUUGGUCUUGUGGAUAUGCUUUGCAAGAAAAGAAUGGCGGAUAGAGCUUUGGAAGUGUUGGAUGAGUUGUGGAGGAAUGGAAAUAUUCCUAGCAUGAUUUCUUGUACCACUUUGAUAGAAGGUUUGAGAAAGUCUGGUAGAAGAGAGGAAGCGUUUGGAUUGAUGGAAAGGAUGUUGAAAGAGAAUAUUGUUCCUGAUAUUAUGACUUUUAAUUGCCUGCUUCAUGAUCUUUGCAAUGAGGGAAGAACAGUUGAUGGUAACAAAUUGAGAUUAUUGGCUUCUAGAAAGGGUUUGGAUGUAGAUGAGAUGACAUAUGACAUUUUGGUAUCUGGGUGUAUAAGAGAGGGUAAAAGAAAGGAAGGGGAAGCUUUGGUGGAUGAGAUGUUAGAUAAGGAAUUUAUACCUGAUCUUGCCACAUAUAAUAGGUUCAUAGAUGGGCUUUCUAAAACAAGAAGUUCUGCACAAUAGUGUAUUAAAUUUAUUCAUAGGUGAAAAUAUAGAGUUUGUACACUUUUAUUUGGAUGCCAACCAAUUUAUUUGAUCUAGCUGGGGCUUCUCUUGAUUUAGUAGAAAUGCUUUCUUCUAGGAAAUGUAUCUGGUUGUCAUAAUUUUUAUGGUUGGGUUUAGAGAUAGAGACAACGGGGAAGGAGGUGGGGUGAGGAAAUGGUGAAUCCAUUUACAGGCCCAGAUUCCACUGCAUCUCAUUUUUUCAUUGCAGCUAAAAAGUUCCUUCUGGAUGGAAAGCGUGUCACUUUUGGGAAGGUAAGUAGAGGAACAGACAUUGAUUUGACUUAUUGGCAUGUUGCUAGUGAGGGUAUUAUCUCACUCAAGGUGUCAUCAUGGAUUGUGGGGGAUGUCCUGAGGGGGGAGACAUGGAAUAUAAAACUACUUCAAAGAUCUCAACUUAUCCUGACUGGUCAGCUCACCUGGACACAAAGCCAGAUGAUAUUUCUUGGGGGAUGGAGGUUGUACAUUCUUUUGAAUAUUUUGGAAUGAGCAGUACAGGAGGCUACAAGAUACGGCUCUUUGAAAACUGUAAAGCUUAAAAUUAGAUUUUUGUUUUGAGAAGGAAGAUAUUGCUGAAGAUUGAGCUCAUCACUGUGGAAGACUGCCUCAGAUGUUUACAAAUACUUCUACCUGUAAAUAGAGCCUUGGAGAUCUUGUUUUUCUUUCUAUUAAUGGCAUAAAGGAUGAAGAUGCUGUGGAGCCUAAUAUUAUUGAAAGAAGAGUGUUUUGUAACUAUUCAGAUGCAGAAAGAGAAGAAAUUGCAGGGAAGAUCUCAGUAAGAUUUGUGGCUGUCCAUUUAUUAUUAGUUUUGUGUUUUUUGUAUAUUUGUACACUUUGAAGAGCCAAAUUUCAUAGAAACUUCUGCCAUUCAAUAUUUAUUAGGUGAUAGAGAGGUCUUCUACAAAUGACCAGCUUUUUCUUGUGCAAGGAUUGAAAAAGAGGGGACACGUUGUUGCUGCAACUGGAAAUGGAACAAAUGAUGCUCCUGUGUACACAAGGUUUGACUGUUAUUCUUUUUCUUUUUGUUUAGCGGAAUAAUGCACUCCUAGUUUUGCUGUGUUUCUGCAUCAAUAGGUCUCGAUACGAUGAUGAUGAUUAUAUUAAUCUUUGCCACAAGGUACUUGCUUUCUACCUUGCUAUUUUUUUUUUUCCUUAAGAAAAAAAAAAUUCAGGCAGAUAUUGUUCUUUCAAUCCGUAUCCAGCAGAUAUCCUGGCUGCCUCAAGUCCUGCUUUCCUUCACCGUGCCUAGUAGGUUAUACAUCCUUCUGGUUCAAGGGUUUCUGUUGGCAGAUUUUGCUUUAGAAAACAUCAAUAUCUAUAAAGCCGCCAAAUUUCUUGAGAGGCAAGCUAGGAAGACUUAGCUUGAACUAAUUUUUGCUGUCAACAUAUUUAUUUUGUCACACAAAGGUUGUAAAAUUCUCUUACCGGGCAUAACUGGUUUGCUGGUUGGUUUUAUUGCAUAUGCAUCUGAAUUCAGUCAGCCUUAUGAUGCCUUGUACAAGGAUUUCUAAUUGCUUGACUACUUUCAGUUUUUCUUCUAUGAUUAAUCUGGUUAAUUCUCUU